ACGUCCUUCUUCCUACUAGCACAACAACUUUAGUUAAGUUUUACUUGCUUAAUCAGGACUAAAAUGGAUGCAAAACUUGCAUGUUUUAUGGUGCUCAUCUGUGUCACUUCCCCAUCAUCGGCGGCCAAACAAUUGGUCUGUAAUAUAUCUUAUGAUGACCAGUUGAUGGACAGAAUGAUAAUGACACAGGUGAAGGUAGAAACGAUAUUGAGUGAGGUCCGAAAGACAGAAGAACGUAUUCAGUCAGCGUUGGACAAUUUUAGACAGGAAUUGAACCAACAAUCAGAGGAGUAUGGAUCCCUUAGGCAAGAAAUGACAGAUUUUAAAGAGAGUGCAAUCGUACCGACAGUAGCGUUCCUGGCAUACAACCUAAAUGAUGCAUCCGCCGAAGAAGGACAAAUAUUAAGGUUUACAACCACUAAAUUUGACAAAGGUUCUGGCUACGAUAGCCUUACUGGAAUCUAUACCACACCGGUUGCUGGUGUGUACCAGUUUAGCGUGCAACUUUACAUUGCUAACGGUCAAUGGUAUUUCUUUCAUAUCAAAACCGAAGAAAAGGUGAUUCUCAAAACAGUGUUUUUUGACGACGCUGGGUCCCACUAUGGAAGUCAGACUGCGACCGGUACUGCCGUACUAGAUGCCAAUACAAGAGUGUGGGUAGAGAGUGAACUAUCCUUCAGUGGAAAUGACUUCUUCCUUGGUCACCAGCACCGGGCCUGGAAUAGCUUUUCCGGUGUGCUUAUCAACACUAUAAAUUAAGGAAUAUGUGUUUUAUUUUAGAAAUAAUAUAUCUCAUUUAUUGAUUUGUCGUUGAAUAAAAUCAUUGUUUGGAGUUCAGAAGCGAAGGAAUUAUAUCACAAGAGCACAGGACUUUUGGUUUUGGACGAGCGGUUAUACGUCGGGCGUAAUAAUUUCACGAGGGCGCAGCCCAAGCGAGUUAUUUCGUAUGAAUUAUAACCGCCUUAGUGUGUAUUAAUAGUGUUCAAACACGGGUUUGCUAUAAAUUAUUUCGAUUCUAAUACAUCUUUUAUUGUAAAAUUUAGAUACAAUAUGAUAGAAGUGUAUAUAAUAUUGGCGCAUGUAUAGCGCCAAAUGGUAGGUCGUCACGUUCUUUUGUUUAUACACGCCAGGACCGGAAAUGGUAAUACGUCUUGUGGAAUAGAUCCAUUAGGGCGCAAAUGAUGGCGAAUUACUCUGCACAGCUAAUAACUCCGUGUGAGUGUAAAUUGAUUAAGCAUUUCGUUUUAAGCAUGAUUUUAAGUAAAAUAUGUGAUAAAAAUUGAAGGCGCUAUUUCUCGAUGCGUACAUGUCGCUAAAUAUCACGCCGACGUGACGUCAACUUAAUAUUUGAUAAUCAAAGCAUUGUUAUAUACUAUAGUCAUAUUAGCUAGAGGCUUACAUUGAAUGCAUACCAAAUACCUUAAAUCCUUCUUUUUUCUUCUUUUCUCAAUAAAUCUGCUUCAGUAAUGCAUUUUCUGCACAAUUUCGAGCUGACAUCUUUGUUUUGCAGAGCGUAAUGGCAAUUUGUUUUUAACGAAAAACAAACAAAUAAAAA